GUUGAAGUUGUCAGGAUAAUGUGCCUGCCAGCCCUCUAUUAUGUUUAACCACCUGCAGUGAUUAAUUGUGGGGGGGGUUGAAACUCAGCGGCCCAUGGGAACAUGGAGCUGUAAGCAGAUACACACUCACAGCGCCUUGAAGUGAGUGUGAGCCUCUCCGCCUCUCCGCCCGCCUCCCCAGGAAUGUGGAAUGCACCUGAACUGGAUCCUACGAGGAAGGAUGACUGUUGAAAGUCGCCAAACCACCUGUUCCGGGACAGAAGUUUCCUUAGCAGGUUCGAGAAAAAUCAUUAUCCAUUCAUUCUGCUAAUCCCCGUCAACUGUGUGGCGCAGUUCACCGAACAGCGGCUCGUAGAUCUGGACAAACAUGGAUGAGUGCUGCCUGCCUGCUGAGGCAAAGGAGAGACGCCGGGUACACAAAGAGAUAGAGAAACAACUGCGUCGUGAUAAACAUGACUCUCGCCGGGAGCUGAAGCUGCUGCUUUUAGGGACUGGUGAAAGUGGGAAGAGCACUUUCAUCAAACAGAUGAGGAUCAUCCAUGGCAGCGGAUACAGUGACGCCGACAAGAAGGGUUUCACUCGGCUAGUGUUUCAGAACAUCUUCACCGCCAUCCAGGCACUGAUCCAAGCCAUGAAGACUCUACCGAUCGACUACAUCGAUGACCAGAACAUUCGCCAUGCACAGAAGCUGAGUCAGGUGGAGGUAGAGCAGGUGUCCACUUUGGAGGCUUGGCAGGCGGACGCCAUUAGGCGAGUGUGGAAUGACCACGGUGUUCAAAGGUGCUACGACCGCAGGAGGGAAUUCCAGUUAUCCGACUCUGCCAAAUACUACCUGAGCGACUUGGACAGAAUCUCAUCCCCGUCAUACCUCCCAACCCUGCAGGACAUCUUGAGGGUCAGGGUCCCCACCACAGGGAUCAUAGAGUACCCCUUUAACCUUUCUAAAGUUAUCUUCAGGAUGGUGGAUGUGGGUGGCCAGCGUUCAGAGAGGAAGAAAUGGAUCCACUGUUUUGAGAACGUCACUUCCAUCAUCUUCCUGGCGGCCCUCAGCGAGUACGAUCAAGUCCUCUACGAGAGCGAGAAUGAUAAUCGACUGAAGGAGAGCCUCGCCUUGUUCAAGACCAUCCUGACGUACAAUUGGUUCCAGGAGACCUCCACCAUCCUCUUCUUGAACAAAACAGACUUGCUCGAGGAGAAAAUCACACACUCUCAUUUGGCAACCUACUUUCCGGCCUUUACUGGGCCUCAGCGUGAUGCUACAGCUGCAAAAAAGUUCAUCUUGCAAAUGUUCGUGGAGAGGCACACUGGGCAUGCCAGACCCCUUUACAAACACUACACCUGUGCCACGGACACCGAGAACAUCCGGGUCGUCUACAAAGCCGUCGAAGACACGAUCUUCAGAGAGAACAUGGAAUUCAUCAACCUCCUAUAAGGAGGUUGCAGAACAAAGUGAUGGUUUCACCUCAACAGUCACAUGUUGUAACACUUUUAUGGACAUUUAUAUCUGUUAUGUGCUGCUGGUAGCUGCAACUUGUUGAAAGUCAUCAAAGAGAGGCAAUGAGACAGCAGUGUCAGGUAAGGGACAUUUAUCUCAGCACUGUAAGACACAGGCUUAUUAGAGGUUAGGAAGCAUAUUUGUUAUUGCUGCAGGAGAGAAAUCCACAACAGCAAUGACAGUUAAUUGUACAGAGUGGUUAUGCAACUGCUGUUUGAUAGACAGUCAGGAAAUGGUAUGAAACUGGUUAGACAAUGGCUAUCUACUUAGAAUGCAACCCUCCCUGACUUACAGCUCUGGGAGGAGGAAGUUAGCCUGGGGGGGAACUACCGUGCCUUAAUUUCGGCUGAUGUUUUUACCUUUUUUUUCCUUACGUAGCCUAUAACUUUAAAGCAACUACAAGGGACUUUUAUUUUCUGUUCAUUUUGGCCCCCCCUGUGGACAAAAGUGGUAGUACUUCCAGGAGCCUCCAUGGAAGCCAGCAAAAGAAAGACACAUUUUUUUUUAAUGUUUAUCGCAUUUAAACAGAUGUUUAUAUGCAGGAUUAAUACCUGCAAUAUGAUUAAUUCAUAUAUUAAUGUAAAACCACUCUAUGCAAUAUAUUUCAAUAAUUAUAUGGACAUAUUACAUGCCAGGAUUGGUUUUGAAUCCUUUCAAAUCCCGCAAUUCCCUUCAGUGGCUGAAUGAGCAUUCAUUUCCCUGGUGUUUUAGCCCAAGCUCAAACAGACCCCUUUUAAGUUUUUUUUGUUCCUCAAUCAACUUUUUUUUCUUUCUAUUUUUUUCAAAAUAUAACAUUAGAAAUAAGAUCUGAAAACUGACAAUUCUCCCCAUGUUUCCAUACAACUCACUGCCAAACUUUGCCAUGGAAAGUAUAAACAGUAGUUCUUUCAAACAAAUCAUUCAUAAAUGAACCAAACUGAAUCACUUCCUGAAAACUUCAGUUGAGCUCUCAGAACUCCCAUUCAGUGUCUCUCUCUUUUGGCCGCAAGUGUCAAGUAGCGUGAGCACGAAGUUGGAGCUCCCUCUGCUGUUCUCACCAAUGGUAAACUGCACUGUAUGUGCUGUAAAUUGUUUCUUUAGAUAUUUGCGAAUAUCAGACUGCGGCAGCUGUUGAAAAUAACCAUUUAGCCAGCCUCUUCUGAUAUUUUUAUUUGCUUAUUUACAAACCCCAAUUUAAAAACGCUGCUUAAAAUGUAAAAUUACAACAGAAUUAAUCAUAUUCAGUGUGUGUAUUUAGAUAAACAAAGGUUUAUCUGUUUGAACAGAAAAUAAACGGUGUAGUUUUCAAUUAUGUCACAGCGGAUAUGCAAAUGAGCAGGUUCUGUCUUAUGAGAUUGUUUCAUUACCAGUUAAAAACUCCUUUUAGCUGCUUUAAUUAUAGAUAUUAAAAACAUGUAUACAUUGUGUAUAUAAAUGACCUGACUUCUGCGCUUUUCCUUAUCUUUUGUCACUUUGCACAGAACUUUUUUUAAUUGAAAUAAAAAAUAUG